UUCAAUAAAAAAAAUUUCAUAAUUUUCUGUUGAAAUGCCUAUCACGCUACAAUUACCUUAAAGCUCCACCUGGACUAAUUUGAUUUAAAAAGUUGUAGAAAAUAGAGAACUGUCAUGGCGUGUCUAAUUGUUGACAUUUCGACAAAGUGGUAAAUUAUUUCGAGUUAAAAUGUUUUUUAUAACCGUUUACAAUAAUAUAUUUAUAUCAACAAUUAAAUUAUAAGUACAAUAAGUGUUUAAAGAAAUAAAUGAAUGUUUAUUACUGAAGAAAACAAUAGUAAUGUCAAUAUGAGCUCUUAUACGUGGGAGCGUAUAACCUCGUCAGAGAGAAAAAAUUUAAAACUUUGUCGAUUAUGUGGCAAAAAUUCGACAAAUUAUGUUGAUUCAUUAAACAAUGAAGGCGCUGAGAGAAAAUUAUGCCUCAAAGUUAUUUCAUGUCUUCAAAUAAACAUAUCAGAAGAUGACAUUUUGCCAAAAAUAAUUUGCACUGAUUGUUGUGAUAAGUUGGAAAAUUUUUACAAAUUUUUUAAACAAGCUGCUGAAGUACAAACAUAUCUUGAUAGUAUUUAUCAAACGACUGAAAAAGAGAUUCCAAUUGAAGACCAAAGCGUUAUUGUAAUAAAAUACAAUCCUGUUGAUUUUUAUCCAGAUCAACAAGAAGCUGAAGUUGUUAUAAAUUUAAAUUUAGAGGAAGGAGUUGAGCUAGAAAAUUUAUCCCCAGAGCAGCUCAAUAAAAUAAUUCAAGAACAAUUGAAUAAUUUAAAUCAAGGCCAAAUAAACAAUAAUUUUAACCAACAUCUUGUUGUUGACAAUGUUGAUGUCAACCCAGAACAAUUAGUUGACACUGUAAUUGAAGAACAAAACAUAAGUACCUCAAUUGUCGAACAAGUGAUAAGUAACUCUAAUGAAGAAGACAUAAUCAAUAAUUUAAAUUCCGAAGAAAUAAUAAUAAAUACGAAUUCAGAAGAAGAAAUAAAUAAUUUGCGUAAGGAGUAUGAAAAAAUAAUCAACGAAGUAAGUAGUGAAUUUAAUGAUCCAGUUGAUGCAAGUGCGCAGGAGAAUGAAGUUAAUAAUAGUAAUAAUCGAGAAAUAGAACAAGAAAAGGAGCUAGACGAACAAAAUCGAGGAGAGGAAGAUGAGAAAGAAGAUAAUGAAGAAGACGAAGUUGUUAAACUAGAGAGAGAAGAAAUAAUUAAUAAAUUGAAAAAGACCAAAGUUGUGACUAGUCGGUUAACGAUAACAGAAGCUAUUCAAGGUUAUCCAUGGAGGUGUACUAUUUGUAAUCAUGGAAUUAUGAAAUCUUACAAAGAAUUGCAGUAUCAUUACAAACACAAGCACAAUGAACCGCCUGUUUAUAAAUGUAUGCACUGCGAAAGGGAGUACAGUCUCUAUAGGAGUUUUACUAAACACUUUUUACUCCAUGAAGAUCCUAAAAGAUUCGAAUGCGAUGACUGCGGUAAGGUAUUUAAUCUUAAGUCAUCUCUACUAUCGCACUCUCUAGUGCAUUCUGACAAGCGCCCUUACUCCUGUACCAUAUGUCGUAAAAGGUUUAAAAGUUCCUUGACUCUAGCAGUCCAUAAAAAACUUCAUCUACCUCUGGACGGACAAUUUUUGUGUGAAAUUUGUAGGAAAGAUUUUUCGUCUAAAAAAGCGCUGGAAAAUCACGAAAAAAUGCACGACGGAGUAUAUGACUUCAUGUGUGAUGUUUGUAGCAAAUCUUUUGUGUCCAAAAAUUCUCUAAGUUAUCACAUGGCCAGCCAUACGGAGGAUAUAAAUUAUCAUUGUCCCACCUGUGGUCGCAGUUUUAGAACAGAAUGUCUUUUAAAGAGACAUUUAGUAACACAUUCGGAAGUUAAGAAACACCGAUGUGAUACCUGUGGAAAACAAUUUAAAGAACGUUGCACUCUCGUUGCACAUACGCGAAUUCAUACCGGAGAAAUGCCGUAUGAAUGCGAAGUCUGCGGUAAAAAAUUCCGUUUCGCUGGAAUUUUAACGGUUCAUCGAAGGCAACACACAGGCGAACGCCCUUAUAUUUGUUCAUUUUGCGACCGCACAUUCACCAACUGGGCAAACUUGAAUAAACAUAUGAAGCGACUGCACAAUACAAAGGCCGGCGUACAGAGAAAAUAAAUUCUUCGUAAGGAAAUAUUAACAAUUUCAGGAAUUAUUGUUUAAAUAAUUAGUAAUACAUAAGGAACUAAAGGCUUGAUACUCCGAAGACUUUACACAAGACUUAAUUUAAGGUAACAUUUUUAUAUUUAUUGAUAGAAAAUUAGUCCAGGUGGCCAUGGUUUAACGUGAUAUAUUUAUAAUUUGUUGUUUAGUUAUUUAAAAAAAAAAUUUUUAUUUUUAUUUUAUAAUUAUUAAAAUUUAUUUAGUAAUAAUUAUAAGUUACAAAAGCCAUACGAUUUAUUAUUAAGAAAUUACGUAUAUUUACGUACAAAGUCCAGUAUUUUUUAGUGGCCACCGAAAUACUACUAAACAACGAUAGCUGCUAAUAGAAUUCCUUUAGUCAGUGUAAAUUAAAUGCUAAGUAAUUAAUUAUGCAGUUUCGUAAUUUCAUUAAAACUUUUAAAAACUAAAAAUAUUUUUUUUUCUUACA